CCACUUCAUAACCCGCUUCCGCCAUCUUCCGUCCACUCACAGCUACAGUCAGAUACUUCUCCUUGGUUAAAUAUUAAACUGUAGCUUCUGUUUACCUCUCGUCAUAAUGUCACUACAUAGACCGUAUAUAUAAAGCUUCACACAAACGAGGGAAAGGUUUCCAUUCAGUGUCUGGAGAAGAUGGCGGCGACGUGUUCAAUAUUGCCCAAGGGCCAACUACUGUACAGGAAUGCAGUCAAGUUGCAGGUCACAAGGAGGUUUUCAGAUAAAGGAUGGUUCCAGUCUAUGUUUGUGCACAAAGUGGAGACCAGGAAAGAUGCCCACUCCAACCUGCUGUCGAAGAGUGAGACCAGCGACCUCUACAAAAUGCAGUUUCACAAUGUCAAGCCAGAGUGUCUGGAGGCGUAUAACAAUCUAGAGGCUGAGGUGCAGAGCAAACUCCACUUAGACCAGGACUAUCCCUGUGAGGUUGUGGGGAGCUGGAAUACUUGGUAUGGCGACCAAGACCAAGCUGUGCACCUUUGGCGGUAUACAGGUGGCUACCCAGCGUUGACUGAAUGCUUGACCAAAUUGAACAACAAUAAGGAGUAUAUGCAAUUCAGGAAGGAGAGGAGUAAAAUGCUGGUCUCACGGCGGAACCAGCUUCUUCUAGAGUUCAGUUUCUGGAACGAGCCAACACCCAGAUCGGGACCCAACAUAUAUGAGAUGCGCUCAUACAAACUCAAGCCUGGAACGAUGAUUGAAUGGGGGAAUCAUUGGGCGCGGGCGAUCAAACACCGACAGGAGAACGAUGAGGCCAUCGGAGGGUUCUUCUCUCAGAUAGGAGACCUGUAUGAAGUUCAUCAUCUGUGGGCCUAUAAAGACCUUCAAUCCAGAGAAGAGACCAGAAACUCUGCCUGGCAGAAGGAGGGAUGGGAUUCUAGUGUCUAUUAUACAGUGCCUUUGAUCAGGAGCAUGGAGUCCAGGAUUAUGAUUCCCACAAAGAGUUCACCUCUGCAAUAACCAGAUUCAGUCAAGCGCCCUUUCUGGAAGACCAAAGCGAGAACAGAUUAUGUGCAUUUUUCCUUCUCUCGCUCUCUCACUCUCUCGCUUGCUCUCUUUCUCUUUUGUUGUAGGUGCAGAUAAUUUAGGCCUACAUGUAAAGCUUGAAUCUAUGAACUGUGGUAGAUGGGAACUUUUGAUGAAGACUAAUGUUUUGGUGCACCGGCAAGCCCUCAGUUUGAAGACUGCAUUCAACAUAGAAUCCAGUUACCACCUUUGCUACCAUGGUGAAUAGGGGAGAGAUGUUUUAUUUCACCUAAAUAGGUAGAUCAAUUAUAUUUCAGGUGAAUUAUGUGCCAAACAAGAGGAAGGAAAUCUUCAAUUACUUCAAUCAGGUAUGAAGUAGCUAUAAGACGGUGAAUGAAAUAGCUAUGAUAGGGAAAUUAACUUGUUGCUACUGUAUUAUGCAUCUUGAGUGUGUUAACAUACAGAAGUAAGAAAUGCCUACUCAGUGAACAUGUAAAAGUAUAUGCCAUAUCUCAGUUAUAAGAAACCUAUAGGUCAAUGUAAGCAAAUGUGAGUCUUCCAUUGUCAACCAUCUGAAGAAGCAAAUCAAUAGAAGUUAAUAGAUGGAUCUUUGAACUGAGAAACGUGGAUUAUUAAAUGUUAUGUAAUAUU